AUGUCUGUCAUCCUCCGGCCCCUGACAUGGUUCUAUCAUGAAUUCGGCAUCGUGGCCAUCCAUGAGACUGGGAGAAAUGCGUGGCUCAUUAUCCUGGCACGAACGUGCCGGAUGUUUGCCUAUGGGACCAAUUCGUUGAUACUGGCAAUCUUCUUUUCGGCGCUCAACUACUCCGACCACCAGAUUGGCAUCUUCAUGACCCUCACGUUACUCGGCGAUGUCUUCCUUGGCACCUUCUUGACGCUGAUAGCCGACCGGGUGGGUCGUCGCCGCGUCCUGAUGGCCGGGUCGGUCCUGAUGAUCUUGAGCGGGUUUGUUUUUGCGAUAUUUGAGAACUUUUGGAUCUUGCUGGGGGCGGCUAUCCUCGGGGUGAUCAGCGUCACGGGAGGCGACUUUGGUCCGUUUAGGAGUGUGGAGGAAUCUGUUCUCUCACAGCUAACAACACCUUCAAACCGAGCGGAUGUUCUCGCUUGGUAUGUCACGACGUCAACGCUGGGCUCGAGCAUUGGCAGCGAAGCUUCGGGGAGAGUAAUUCACUUCCUCCAAGCUCGCCCGGGAUGGACAGAGGUCGACGCUUAUCAUGCGCUAUUUUGGAUAUACUCGGUCAUGGGGGUCGUUAACGUGUUGAUUGUCUUCCUCUUGACGGAGGCCUGCGAGUUGAGGCCGGACAGUAAAGGUCACGAAGUGUACGCGAGCGUCCCGCAGGACGAGAGGGACGAAGACGCCAGGGAGGAGGAGGAGGUGGUGGUGGAACUGUCGAGACCGAACGGUACCGCCGCAGACGAUAUCGAAGCAACAGCACCGACCACUCCGACCACAGCAGCUCCAUCACAACCUCAAUCACACUCACAUCUACAUCAUCAUCAUCACCACCAUCACGCAUCACCGGCCUCCAGUAAGCGCUGGACGUCACGAACCAAAUCGUGGUUCUCGGCCGCCUUUGCCCAGAUCUCCAAGCCGACACGGACCAUCAUGUACAAGCUGUGGUUCUUGCUGGCGAUCGACUCGUUGGCGGACGGGAUGGUGCCGUACUCGCUGACCAACUACUACAUGGACAUCAAGUUCCACCCGGCAAAGUCGACGCUGGGCGAUGUGACGUCGCUGUCGUACUUCCUGGGGGCGGUGGGGGCUGUCUUUGCGGGCCCGCUGGCGCGCAAGAUCGGGCUGAUCAACACCAUGGUGUUCACGCACGUGCCGUCAUCGGCCGCCGUGCUGUUCUUCCCGUUCCCGCCCUACCUGUGGCUGACGGCGGGCUUGCUGCUGCUGCGCACGGGGCUCAACAACAUGGACCAGGCGCCGCGCUCGGCCUUCAUCGCCGCCGUCGUGCGCCCCCACGAGCGCACCGCCGUCAUGGGCAUCACCAGCAUGCUGCGCAACCUGGCCGCCAUGACGGGGCCGAGUGUGACGGGUGUGCUGGCCGAGGGAGACCGCUUCGGCAUCGCGUUCGUCGCCGCGGGCGUGUGUCGUCUCGCCUACGACUUUGGCCUGUACGCCUUGUUCGUUAACGUCAAGUUGGAGGGCUACGAGAAGAGGGGGCGGACGAAGAGAAAGAGUACCGGAUCGCAGGACGACGGGGACGAGGAGUCGGACGACGACGAAGAAGUGGUGGAACGGGACAGAGCUCGCGGGAUGGCCAACGGCCUCCUCCCCUCGGGCGCUCACCGCCACGGACACGGACAAGACGAGGUCGUCGAGCUCGCGAGUCUCGCGGGCUCCUUGGAGGACGACAGUCGCACAGGGGAUCAUGACGGCGGCGAGCUGAACAAACACAGGACCAGAGUAGAGAACGUCGCCGCCGCCGACGACGCUAAAGAAGCGACCGCGACGAUCACCACGACACCGCUGGCGCCGCCGCCGCUCUCACGCGCCCUCCAAGUCCCCUCCUCUUCACCCGACGCGCUGGAUCGCGUGCGCAGUCGGAGUCCGCACCGCGCGACGGAUGUCGACUGA